AUGGAAAAUCACGUAGAAGGGAAUGGUCAGAAACAUUUUCCUGGCGUGAUACUGAUGACAGAAAAAACAAGAAAGGAGGGACUGGAAGAGGCUGUUAAAACAACAAUCACAAUCAGAAAUGAAACACUGAUUGCUUCUUCAGUCAGAUUAAGUAUCAAGAAUUUUACUGAGGCAGAGAAGAAGCCAAAACAGAAUAUAAUUGCUGAAGCGAAGAAGAAAGUCUAUGGUAUUGUUGAUGAUCAAUGGAAAUCACGUGUAGGAGAAGGCAAAGGCAUUGUGAUUGUGCUCCAACCAUUAUCAUCAAAUCUUCCACCAAAAGGUGCACUCCCUGUAGAUAUUUGGAUAUAUGGACACACAUGGGGAACAUACUAUGAUGAAAUAACUUGCUGUGUUGAUGGACUGCCCCCAUUUUACAUUCAUCUUACUGUAGAAGUUGUUGGAUCACCUGCAUCAUUUGCACUGCGACAAGACGUUAAAACAAAUGUACCCACCCUCUGCUUUGGAACACUAGCUUAUCAUUCUCACACCAAAACAAGAAAAGUUUCUGUGAGAAACCAAAGUUGCCUGAUGAUUAGUAUUCUCUGGCAUAUUUUUGUGACUGAACCACUUGAAGAUAAUAAGCCAGAAAAUGAUCCAUUUAACGUUAUUUUUGACAUCUGUUCUCCAUUUUCAAAGAAGAAAAAUAAUACAAAGAAUUACACGUCAAGUGACCCUGAGUCUGCAUUAAACACAAUGCAGCUCCCAUUUCUGGAUUCAUCUAUUCAGUUUGGGAUAAUACCAUUCCAGGGAAGAGAACAAUACAAGUUUUUUCAGGUGUUUCCAAAAGAAACAGUUCUGCAACCUUUUGGAGAGGCAACACUGAAGCUAACUGUUUACCCUUGUAUUUGUGACCAGGAUACCAGAUUUACACCUCUGCGAGCUGUGUUAGCUGGUUUUAUACAAAUUAGUGAAGAAGACAGAUUCUGUCCUGAUAUUUAUGAGAGACAAAUGGGGUACAACAUGAGCCCUUUAAAGAUGAACAUUGAAGCAGACAUUGAAAUCCCAUAUCUGUGUGUUGAAACUCCUGAAGAUGAUUGUAACUUCAAAAUGUAUGCAACUGAUAUUAUGAGUAAAUUUAACAAAUCACACAAGGAGGAGAAAGUGAUAAGAGUUAAAAACUAUAACAAUGCAGAAGCAACAGCAGUUUUCAGUACAUAUGAGCCAUUCACCUUGUGUAAAAUCACUACAACUGAUGGUACAGUUUCAAAUAGAAGACCAUAUGAUGCUGUGGUACUUAAUAAAAAUGUAACUGCUGAGACUGAACUGCAGGCAGGCCACAAGUCCAACCAUGGGGCUUUAGGAAAUAUCACACACGCACUCUGUCCAAAGACACCCACUCCACGGCAGUCAGAAAGGUUCGAGUCUCAUGAAGAGGUUGAUAAUCCCACAGGGAGUACAGAGAACUGCAAGAAGUGUGGGUCAAUGGAUGUCAGCAUGUGCAAGUAUGCAUGA